GUCUUUUGAUAUCGGACUACUUACGCGAACUCUAUAAACUGCAUUCUAGUGGCCAGGCAUCAAAUUUAUGAAGCAAAAUGGCAAAGAAAAGAUCUAAAGUGAAGUCGGCAAAACCGGCUCUUGCCGUCGAGUCACCUGCGACUGUGAAUAAAACACCAAGCGUUGACACGAUCAACACAGAAGAAGCCAUUGCGGCAGCUUUGAGUUCAGUUGCUCAGCCAGUCCUAAUGAAAGUUUGUAGACUCUGCGAGACAAAAGAUGGCCCAUUUCUUAACAUCUUCGACCCCGAAACGUUAACUGCUAAGAAAACCCAAGACCUGAUGCCAUUUGUGAUUGCUGAAUAUGAUGACCUUCCACAUAAAAUAUGCUUCCGUUGUUCAGCCAAAGUGGAGGAGCUACAUGAAUUUGUACAAAAAUGCAUUAAAACUCAAGAAAAUUUGCGUAAAGCUUUAGGGAGAUCUGGUCCAAAAACUCAAACCAGUAAACUAUGGGAGGAAAAAUUGCAUAAAUCUAAUAUUUCAAAUGAUGCAAUAUGUGAUGCUUUGAUUAAAAAAGCCAUGGCAGGAAUUGAGGACAUGCCUUUAAAAUCGUUGCCACUAGAUGAAACGCAAAACAAAAGUAAAAAAUCAAUUUCUGCUCAGAAUGACGAGGAAGAUGAUGAAUCAGAUUUACCACUUAACAGAGUUAAACGAGAAAUUAAUAAUACCAUUGGAUUAAGGUCAACUAGACAAGAGCAGUUAGAAAUUAAAAACGAUAAACCUGUUGGAAACCAACCCUUAGAUUCACUAAAAAACAAAAGGGUGACACGUGAAUCUGAAUCCUUGAAUAACCAAAUUUCGCCAAUAGAAGUUCAAUCUGACGAUGACGAGCCAUUACAGACAAGAAACAGUAUUAAAAAGAGUAAGCUAACAGCUACUCAAAAUAAACCACACGUUGAAGCUAAGAAAAUUGUUACCAGUAGCGAAGAUGAUUCUGAUAACAAUUUAAAAGUUAAACAACCAGAACAAAUUAACCAGGAAGUCGUGAAAAGUGCUCCCUCAAAAGACAAAGAAUUUGAUAUUAUGGAACACAUUAGCAUGAUAAAAGUGAAUGGCGUUGGUGUUCUUUUUCAGUGCAAAUUAUGUAAUAGAAACUUCCUUAAGAAGGAAGUCGUGAUUUCUCAUGCUUGUGCGAAAACCGGUGUACCUAAAAUUGAUUUUACCACUCAUUUGGCUCCGAUUCUAGAACCGCCUAAAGUAACCACUGUUAAAUAUAUUAAUACGAGGAUCGAUGGCGACCGAAAACCAGCACAACCUACAACAGUUGUCCCGCCUGCAGCAUCAAUCCCUAAACCGAUCCAACCAUCCGCACCUGAAGGUAAAUCUAAGCCUAAAAUAGGUCCCGCGAGCAAAGUUAAACGCCCUGUUGUUGGAAUGGUUGUUACACCGAGAGAGCCGAGUCCUCCAGCACCUCAACCAACUUCUGUUACGGCCAUGCCUGCCGUUGAAUUCCCUGCCGCUCCGAAUUUGAAGAGCAGGUAUAAAUUAGUGCCAGGGCCAAACAAUACUUUUACACUUAUGGAAGACGUUGAUCGCGACAUUCCUGUUCCCCGUGUUGUACAAAAACCAGGGACACCCAUAGACAACAGGCCAAAGCUAACACCAAUAAAACCUAGUGAAGUUCCACAACAGGUUGUUAAAAAUGUUCUAAAUCAUCAUUUCCAAUCUCAAGUAAUUAAUUUAGACGAUGCUGAAGAAAUAACUCCUCAUGUUUCCGGAGUGCCUCCAUAUCCAGUAGGAUUGUUCUCAACAGUUUCGCACAAUCCCAAUAUCUUACCCCCUCCCGUAAUCUCACAACCAGCCCCAUUUACCACACCGGCAAUGAAAAAGCAAUCGUAUACUAUAGUGAAAACCGGUAAUCCGAGUAAACUUUUGAUAUCUACUAAGGCCCAGCCGCCAGUUGAAGAACCUCCUAAAAAGAAGCCAAGAAAAACGAAGUUAGUACCAAAUACAGGUCAACCUACGCCGCCUCUUAAUGCAUCGUCUGAUGAUUCCACUCGGUCAAAGGAUAACUUUUUUACGUUCAUAAAUGUAGACCCUUUACUUCAGCCAUCUUACGUUCUACCUACAAACAACAUUAUUCAAGAAUCACAAAUUUCUACUUCCACGCCGCAAACUAACGCGUCGAAAGCAGAUGCAAAUGUUUAUUCCUGUAACAUGUGUCCAGAAAAAUUCUCAAGAGAGAAAAAAUUGCUAUCGCAUAUCCAAUCUCAUUACUCUAAAAUGGAUGAAGAAGACCAACAGAGAGAGAAAACCGGAAAAAGGCGAGGGAGAAGUUCAACUACAAAUAAGUAGUACUCGAUAAUUUUAUAGUACGCACGGUACG